UUAUCGUCUGACAUGUAUAGUGUAUUCUAUGUCAUGUUGGGUUAAGUAACAGUUAGAAUAUCGAGGCAACUGAAUCUUAUCCAAAUUAACUGUAUAAACCUAUCAUAGCUGGAUUCAAUGAACUAUAUCCAGAACCAUUCUGGUCGGUGAAUAUCCAAUAAUUCAUUUGUUUUUUUUCCUGUUUUUAUUUGCUAAGAUAAUUCAUUUGUUAUUUAAAUUUUUUUUAGAUGAUUGCUUGGGCAUAAUACUAUGAUGACUUUGCCUUUGCCUACGUACGAAUACAAUAUAUAUAUAUAUAUAUAUAUAUAUAUAUAUAUAUAUAUAUAUAUAUAUAUAUAUUUAGCUAAGGAACAAUCAAUUACGUGCAUCAUUGGAGAAAAACACAAUCAUAUCAUAUGCAUAGUUAUAGAAACAUUGACGUUAGGUUAAAAACGAGUAACAGUAAGCAAGUGGAUUAUAACAUUUGUUUUGUACCGAGAAGAGAACGUGGUUAUGUGAAAAUGCCACGUCAAUUCAAGUUGUCAAUGACGAGGGUAUGACUUUUUUAACGAAUAUUUUUUCACUCGUUGUGACUUGCUAACGUACGGGCUCAGACAAUUUGUCACGUGUUGCACUAUCGGAGGUUCAAAAUAUAGAUGCUGACUCAAGUCCAUGCAACAAUGUUUCCUCAAAUUCUGUAGCGUUAUCAGCUCUUAACUUUCUAUAACUGUUUUUUUUGUUGCUAAUAAUGUAAAUAUCAUUUUGAAAAAUGAACAAAAAGUUUUACAGUGUUGUUAACAAAUUGUAGAACUUCGGAUAAUUGAUUCAACGGCGAAAAAGAUAAAAACAUGGAAGCAAACGAUAAUUGGUAGUUCUCCAAACUUCAACUUGUAAAUAUCCACCUAGAAAAUUAGCGAUAAAAAUUAUAUUUCCGGAAAAGAGACUCGACCAAGGCUAACACAGACAAGAUCACUAGGAGGGUGCUAACCGAUUGCAAACACAUAGGAAGCUGAUUCAAAUGGCAGCAAAAACGAAGGACCGAGAUGGGACUAACGCCAAGACAACACUUUCUAUAACUGUAACUUCUACGUAUAGUAGUUUUUUAUUUUCUUUAGUUUUGCGAUGUAUAGUUCGUUACUUCGAUUCACUAUAGUUUAGAUGUAGAGUAGAGAGCUUGAUUAUCGCAGACUUAAAGACGAACUGCUUAUUACAAUUUUAAUAUUUCAUCCCUUCUAAAAGAUUAAUGUUUUAGAAUUUUCACAUUUUUUAAUAAAGCAUGUAUUAAAACUUAGCUAUAAAUACAUAGUUUUUUGUAAUUUUAUAUUUUCUAUAUUUUUAAACCAAUAAGAUUUUAAGAAAUGUUGUGUUCAAAAAGAAGAAGAAGAUUUUAAAAAAUGCAAUUAAUAUUUUUAAACUUUUUUUUUUUUUUUUUUUUUUUUUUUUUUUUUGAACAUUUAAUAUUUUUAAACUUCACCAUUUAUCAUUAUUAAUUGACAAAAAUUACAUUGAAAAUAUAAAAUAUGUAUUUUUUUGAAACAAAAGUUUUUUUCUAGAAUAUGAAUAGAGGGAGUAACUCUUUCUCAUCGUAUGAAAAAUGCAAAAAAGAAUGUGUCGUGGCCCUUUACGUAUCACCAUUAGACCUAAACACAGGAAGUUGGCCUUUGGGGACAGAUGAAAAGUUUUUGAUCUUUGGGGCGUGUUAGGUGGAUUAUAGGUCUACUCUGAGUUUGAAACAUUUGGAACCAAGUAUCAAUUUCUUCCCACUUGGCACUUGCCACUUGACGAUGCGUAUACGACUAACCUUUUUCUGAACUUUUGCUUUAUAAUUAUCAUAACCAAUUUCAUCAAAAGUAUCUAAAACUGAUUUGUUUAAUCAAUAAUUAAUGUCCAACUAUAUAUAACACGUUAACUUUUUUAGAAACAAAUCUACGUAGGUUUCGUGACGCAUCAAUUGAUUGUUAUACUUUCAGUUUGUACUUUUCACUUCUCAAUAUGUACUUUCAAUUUGUAAAGUUAUAUGCAAUCUUUUAAGUAUCUUUAGUUGAAAGAUCAUAUGAUUUGUACAACAUUUCCAAUUUAUUUCCUGAAGGGCGUGAAUCACUGGGUCAAAUGGUAUUUUAGAUAUCUCAAUCUAAGCCCAAGACUUAUAUAAUCAAGCCCAAGUUUCACAAAGUCGCGCAUUCACGGUCGAAAUUAUUUAAAAGACUAACACGAUCAUCCUGUUGAACGUCGGAACCUACUUUGAUGCUAUUUAAACCUUUCUUCACAAAUUAAACAAUUGUUCCGUCUACCACCGAAACUUGACAAUCAGUAGAGUCAAUUUAGCCAAGAAAAUAUAAAAUUUGCUUUAUAACCAAAAGUGUCAAUUUUAAGAAAAAAAAUCAUAGAACAUAUAUAUCGAAGGCCAAGACUUUAAUCAUCAUUUUCAAACAUUAUUACUUGAUCAAGUAAUUUCAUAUAUUGCAAAACAUUAAAAAAACAUCAUGUUGUAAUAUACAUUGACAAGAGGAUUACACACAUUAAGUCUACGGACCAUCAAAAUAAGUAAACAUAUUAAAACAUAGGUUUAUACAUAUUUAAUACACGAGGUUGGCAUAAACAAGUCCAACAAAAACCAUUUUAAAAAGCAUACUACCAAUCAAAAACUCAUUAAAGACAGACCCUUCUCAUCUAACAAUUCAUCUACUAUCCUCUCCAUUCUCAAUUCAUCAUCUCACCUUCCUUAGACUAAUCAUCGGACACAAGAAGAAGAAUGGGUGGGAUGUGCAUGUCUGCGGCUUGUAGUGGUGGGGGUGACGACAAUAGUUCGAGUUUACUAACACAUCUCCUCAUCAUGCUAGUCGUCUGUCUCUCUCUCAUGGCCGUCUGCACCUCUAACGAACGCCGUACUGCCGUUCGCGUUGUCCGGUGCCGUUGACCAACCUUCAACAAGUAUACCAUCUAUAUAUCAGAUCACAAGCACAAAAAAGAUUUCUUCUUUUAUACAUACAUGUAUGUUUGGUUCUUGACUACUGAUCACUAAUGAAUAAGUUGUUUUGGUUCUU